AUGGGAGACUCAUCAGCUUGUCUCAGGCAACAACCAUUCUGUUAUGCCUCUGGUUUUCCCAAAGAAGCCAACAAGAGCAACUUAAAUCAAGCACUUGGGCAAUCAAUCUCAUUUGGGAGGUUCACGUCAGAGUCUCUGGCAUGGGAGAAAUGGUCAACUUUCUCUCAAAACCGCUAUGUUGAAGAGGCAGAGAGGUUUACACAGCCUGGUUCAGUUGCACAGAAGAAAGCUUUCUUUGAAGCCCACUACAAGAAACUUGCUGCUCAAAAGGCAGCUGCUUUGCUUGAACAAGCAACCAGUGCCUCACAGACCCAGAAAGAACACCAAGCAGUAGUUGACAUCACCCAUAAUUCACACAUUUCAAGUCCAAUGUCUAAACUUGUUCUCCAUGAAGAAAAUGCACAUGUUUUCAACACUGACUCAGCUGAUACUGCCUAUAAGUCAAAUUCGAAUACAGAGACUUAUUUACCUCCCAGUAACAAGGUAGAAAGAGCUCAAUCAGAACACCAUGCUGGCAACUAUAAGGAGCCAAGUGACGAAGAGGUUAGGUACCAACUUUGCUAG